UUUGGGAAUUUUAAAAUGAAAUACCAUUGAAAGAGAAUGCAGUGUUUCAGACAACUCCCUUGAUCUUCAUAUAUCAUAAAUCAGAAACUUUAACCGGAUACUGAUAUGCAUUUUCCGUUUUCACUAUAAUUCACAGCAUUGGCUCUUCCUGUGUAAACACUGAAGAUGGUUGACGCAGCGGUUACAGUACAGAACUAGGUGAUGCACACAAUAAUGUAAAUACCAGGAAGGCAGAUGAAACUGUAAUUCUACUGUCCAGUGAUUAUGUCCUCAGGAGAUGAAGAACAUGAAAAACGACAUGAAGCAAACGACUUUCUGUUCAGAAUCACAACAUUUGUGGAUAGAUAUAUUCGAGAAGCAAAGUGGGUAGCCUAUGGUGUUGGAUCGGUUGGAUUGGUCCUUGUACUGCGCGGCAUACACGCAACAGAUGUGUUCUCCACUGCAAAAGACAUCCCAAAACAUUUUAUAAAGAAUGGUGUUCAUCUAAGAGGACGAGUAGCUUCAUUUGGUGUUAAUGGCAUUCUCCACAUUGAUCACAAACCCCUGUUAACAAUCAAACCAAGAUGGCUUCAACACUUUUAUAAAACUAAAUCACUUUCUGUAGAGCUGGCGUACGUAUCUGUGUCACCUCUUGGCCAGCAGUGGUUAAGAAGUAAUAUAUUGGGGAAAAAGGUCUUGUUUCAGCCCUUACAAAUUCAGGAAAAGUCACAUCCAUGGGAAGAUUCAGUUGUGGCAGCUGUUUAUAUACCCAAGGUUUGCAGAAGAAAAUGUGUGAAUGAAGAGCUAGUGGCACAAGGACUGUGUAAGGUAUCCUAUGAUUUUCAACAGGAUAUGUCCAAGUUGUCUCUUGAACAGUCACAGUUACUUGAUAAACUUAUAGCACUGGAAAGCAUUGCAAGUAACAAAGAAAAGGGGAUGUGGAAAGGAUUGCCGAGUGAAAGAAAGUACACAAAGAUUUUAGGAGCCAUGAAAGGAAUUGUGACUUUGCCUUGGACAGGACUGAAAAACAUUGCUAAAGUUUUUGGAAGUUGGAUCAACAGGAAAAAGCAAUAGCUAUAAGAACCUGGAGUUUAAAAUUAGAAAUUGUUUUUUAAUACACGUAUAUUUUUUCUCAUGAAGUUGUGCUGUUUAAUAAAAACAUUUUGUCUGAUGAGUUGUACAACUUAUCAACUUAUUGUGUUUAAAUGAAUAAUAAACAAUAAACUUGUGAUUGCAGAGAUUUCA